UGACAAACCGUCUGUGCCUUUAUACAUUUCUUUCGUUCUUCAACCUUCCUCCAUAUUAUGUUAUGACUGCUCUCGGUCAACCUUGUGGGGACUUUUUAUACGGUGACGCCACGCACGACAACAACCUGCCAUGUCCAACGCGGCCAAGUUCCCCAGCCUGGCACCCAAGUAGGAGCGAGACCCGCCUAACCAACACGGGGUUGCAGCUGCCAGCUGCAGCCUGGUCCCCAUAAAUUCUGCACGCCUCGCAGAUCUGGCAUAUCUCGCAGCCCCCGGUCUUUCCGCCCGUCCCCUGAACAGGCAAGGCCGGAUAGACGCCAUCGCAAAUACGGACCACCCAUCAUAUCAUUUUGCCCAUGGGUUGCCUCGUAAGUUCUCCGGCCUACAGCAGAGGCAGAAGAAGAAAACAAACAAGAGCAAAGAGCUCCCUCGCCCCCCUGUGUGGAGAGGUCCUGUGCAUACCUUACUUUUCGCGCGCACCGUCGACAGCAAUAAUCAUCCCGUAAAUCCCGUCCUGCCAGUCCAAUUUGCCCUUACCCGAGUCAACCCCUUACGAUAGUCGUGUGUCUGCGACGAGAGGAAGAAGGAAAGGAAAAAAAAAACAGAGAGAGAGAGAGAGCUGGACUAACAGCACCUGCCCUUUUCCCCACGAGCAGGGAGCCCGAAAGCGCGCUCAAACCCACCCGGCGAUGUGGCCGUAUAGGGGGGCCAGAGCUACCGCUAGAAUUGAAGACGGAACCGCGGCAAGAAUAGGAGGGCCGACGCCGAGCCCAAGGUUCGGUGCGCACACGGCAUGGAAGCAUUUUUUCCAGAUGGUUGCGCUGGGCGGCGGGCCCAACCCUCAUCAGCAACAAAUCCGCGGCCAACACCAACAUAGCAAGUCGGAGCAGCUCAAGACGGACUUUGACUACGAGACGACCACGGCCACCUUUAGCGACGACUUAAGCGAGGCGACCUCUCCGAUCGACACCCUACGAGCCGCCCCCUUCUCGCUCAAUUACCACCCGGACCUUCCCCUGCUCAAAGAAUCGACGCAUAGGCAUAUCGAGCGGAUAUUCACCUCCCUUCGAGGCCGCGAAGGAGACUACAUAACCCGGGAAAGGCUGGAGGAGUUCCUUUCUGAGUCGCAGGGUGGCCUCGUCCGGCCCCUUGACAAGGAGAAAUACAGCCUGGGCGACUUCGUAUACGUAUGGCUGCAUGACUAUAGCGUCGCCCUUAAGCCAGCCGUGAAGAAGGACCUUUCGAAGCCCAUUACGAAUUACUUCAUCAGCAGCAGCCACAACACAUAUAUCGGACUGGGCAACCAACUCAGCGGCGAGGUCUCUGCGGAUGCGUACCGGACCGUUCUGGAGGGUGACUGCCGGUGCGUGGAAAUCGAUGUCUGGAACGGUGAGGGAUACACAGAGAGGCCUAGGACGCCGACCCCCAGCAGGUCGAAAUCACCGAGGCGCGAUGUGCACAAGCACAAGAGAAACGCUUCCACGCUUUCAACGAGCUCCAUCCACUCGCUCCCGGCGGCAGCUCAGUCAUUCGCAGACAAGAUCGACCAGAAGUGGCACGAGCUCUCAUCGAGGAGGCAUGACCGUAAGGAAAGCUCCAAAGUGAGCCUCGCCAGCGCCAGCCUGAGUUCACUGCACCUGGCGCUACCUGCAGCGAGCCACAGCUCGACAUCUCUCGACCCGAACGACCUGCUAGACCCCAACGACCUUGGCCCACCGCUGCGCCACGUGCGCUCAGCCGAGGGCCUGAGGCUGAAGGCUCAAGAGUCCUCCAGGUCCCGGUCGAGGUCCCGGUCGAGGGAGCCGCGUGGUCGCAAGAUAGAACCAGAGGUGACGCACGCGCAUACCGUCCAGGGGCUGGGCGAUGUCGGCCUCGCAAAGCGGAUCCCCUUGCGCGAGGUCUGCCGGGUGAUCAAGGAGUCAGCGUUCAAGACAAACAAACUGCCCCUCGUGAUCAGCCUGGAGGUUCACGCCACGGGCGAGCAGCAGGACAUGAUAGUCGACAUAAUGAAAGAAGAGUGGGGCGACCAUCUUCUGGCUGAGCCGCUUGAAGGGUGUGACCCAAAUGCGCGGCAGCCGAGGCUCGAGGAGCUCAUUGAGAAGAUCCUCGUGAAGGUCAAGAAAGCAGCCCCAAAGGGCUACACAAUGCAGAAAGGGAGCAGUCAGCUCACAGUGCCCACGAGCACGUUUCACGAGGAGGAUGGCUCAGCAUCCGAAGAUGAGAGACUCUCAGUGGCGGGAGAAAUCAGGACAGAGACCGGUGAGCUCGCCCAGGUCGUGAAGGCGUCCAAAUCGCUCAUCCGCGAGACGCUCGGAAAGCUGGCCAUCUACACACACAGCGAACACUACAAGGACUUCUCCGCGCCGGCGGCCAAGUCGCUCUCACACAUAUUUUCCAUCGACGAGUACAAAAUCCUGAAGCUUCACCAGAGCAAGCACCGCGAGAUGUUCAUACACAACCGGGACUACUUCAUGCGCGCGUAUCCGCACUCGACCCGCGUCAGCUCGACCAACCUUGACCCCUCGAUCUACUGGCGCAAGGGGAUCCAGAUGGUGGCCUUGAACUGGCAGCGGGCGCAUGUCGACGAGGCGAUCAUGCUCAACAGCGCCAUGUUCGAGUCCGAGCAGGGCUGGGUGCUCAAGCCCCAGGGUUAUCUGAGCGGCGACGAGACGACGUCGCAGGCCGAGGCCGGGAAACGGCGGGCGCUGAUGCUCAGCAUCAAAAUCCUCGCAGGGCAGCUCCUGCCACUACCCGGGGAGCCGGGCGACACCGACAGCAAUGCCAGCACUGUGUCGAGCGUCAGCACGUCUGACAGCACCGCCUUCCAGCCACUGGUCAAGUGCGAGCUGCACGUCGAAACGCCCGAGGAGCUCACCGAGAAAAAGGCCAUCAAGAGCGGCUACGUCCAGGAUGGCCAGUACAAGUUGCAGACCAAGAGCAGAGAGACAGAGAACCCCGACUGGGGCAUGGGCCAAGAGCUCAAGUUCCCGCGGAUAGACGAGGUCGUGGAAGAACUCAGCUUCGUAAGGUUUAAGAUCGAGGACGAGGGCCUUGUUAAAGACAGGUUAGCCGCAUGGGCCUGCAUCAGACUUGAUCGAUUGCAACCAGGGUAUCGAUUCAUUGACUUGAAGGAUGCACAUGGCAGGCCCAGUGCUGGGAAACUGUUAGUGAACAUCGACAAGAAGUUCCGAGGAGCCUGAGGCUGAAGGCGAAUACGCCUGGCCUUUAUAAUCGCUACCGGCGUGUAACGGUCGCUGUCAGACCUCGUCAUUUCUCCACCCACCACCUAUUCUAGCAGUGGGCAUUGGGCAGUGGGCUAGGAGAAGGUGACCGUGUUUUAUCUGGCGGCGUUAUUCUAGCUUGGAACCAAAGUUUUACUUUUUGUUUGAUCCCAGGAGCCUUUGGCUACGGCUGUGGCCCUGCUGAGUGGUUCUUUUGGGGGGUUCAAGGAGGCACUGGAGCCAGGAAGUCCUUCGCAAUGUUACGGCGCUGCUUUGCUAUAGAAGCUGACUCCGCAGUAGGGAGAAGAUCGGCUGCUCUUCACGUGGGGCGUAGUUAUUACCACAACGAUACCCAAAUAUCAGCACAAAUGCUGCUAACCUCCA